UUCCCUUAAGACCACAGUGGAGGCUACGACACCCAAACAGCAGUGAGCAGCACUCCUCUUGUCUCCAGCCAGCACGGGACUUUUCACAUGCAUUGGGUUUGUGAGUUCACUUGAUGUCGGCACCCUCAGGGGUUGGGAGGGUCUGCAAAAUCAAAACCAAAACCAAAACCCAAUAAUACAGUUGAAACUUCCAACUAGGACCUACAUCUGCGACCACUCUCAUGUUCCUGCAGAGCACUGAAUAGUUCAUUCUAAAAACACUAUUGCAGAGCUUAUUGCCAACAUGGAGGGCGUAGCAGUGGACAACCUAAUAGACUUUGACCUGCCCUCAGAGGCCACAGCUGUAAGCAAAGAUGGAGGCCAACACCAAGGCCAUAGAGACAUUUUCUCACCAGAGCAGACCCCUUCAAUGGGAGUCCACCAGCAGCCCUUACUGCCAGAGCCCAUAGCGCCAAAUAAGCCCAGCACUCACCACCACCGCCAACACCACCAAGAGGAAGGAGACCAUGACAGCGAUGCUACAGAGUCGGCAGACAGCGAGAACGACAUGGACCCGCCUUCUCACAUGUGGGAGCUGAGGAGGUCGUCCUCUUCGUCCGCUCACAGUGGAGAAGACGCUGACACUCAGACGGUGGAGAGGAGGCACUUCAUGAAGGCUUAUGUGGAGAAGGUGUUUCACGGAAAGGAGGACUUUGACCAGGAAGAGAAGGCUCGUUUUGGAGAGCUGUGCAGUGGAGAGAAUGGCAAAGGCAGGGAGUGGUUUGCCAAAUACGUCAGCGCACAGCGCUGCCACUCUAAAUGUGUGAGUGAAGCCACCUUCUACAGACUGGUGCAGUCUUUUGCAGUUGUCCUGUUUGAAUGUUAUCAGAUGGAUGACUACAGCCCAGCCAAAAACCUCAUGACUAUGUGCUUCACAUACUACUAUAGUGGGAAGUCCCAGCCAUCUCCCUCGGAGCUGCUGGAUCGUGGCGGUCCUCCAGCUGGUCUGGACUCGUACAUCAACAAGGCCAACUCCUGGCUGUCUGUGAAGAAGGAUGCCGCUGAGCGCCUCCUCAAAACCACAUCUAAAACUGACGUCAAGGGCUUCUUUGGAGGCCUAGAGAGCAAGCUAAGGGGCUCAAUGGCUCCUAAGACUGAGGAUGGGGAAAGCCCAGUUGAGACAAAGCCCAAAUCACCAGUGUCUGAGGCUCCAGAGGUUAAGAAAGGAGAGAAAGUGUACCUGUACACCCACCUGAAGCAGCAACCCAUCUGGCACACUCUAAGAUUUUGGAACGCUGCGUUUUUUGAUGCCGUCCAUUGUGAGAGGACAAAAAGAUCACCAACCACGAGGGAGAAGUGGUGUCAUAUGACCCAGGAGGAGAGGGACGACAGCUCCAAAAUCGAUGAGAACAUCGCCUUCGGCCAGCUGGGGACAUUCACUCAUAACAUGCUGGCAUUUGGGCUCAGCAAGAAGCUCUGCAAUGACUUCCUGAAGAAGCAGGCCGUCAUUGGGAACCUGAAUGAAGAACAGUACAAGUUGCUGAGUGACCACAUAGAGAAAAUGGCAGCGGAGUGAGUUUGAGGACGACCGCAGCAUUUCAAAGUCUCCACAUAACAGACUGACAGCACAACGUCCCGGUGACCAACUCUAAGUUUGACUGUCGUUGUAUUUGUGCGUUGCUCUGCUGAAAAACAACAUCCGGCUGUACUGAACUGUGCCAUAGUUGUAGCAAACCCUAUUUAUCCAUCAGAAAAAAGCACCAAAGUCUUCCUUCUGAUUACGUACUCACUUUUACCUUUACUCACCUUUUUGGGAUCUUUAGAGACUAUACAUAUCUUUUCAAAGUGCCUUCCAUGAAAGUUAAUGUAUUUUAUCUCGAGAUGCUACACUAGAUUUCCCAACCAAACACUAAUGCAGAGCCUGCACUGAUCACUCUAUUACUUAUUCCCAGAUAAAAAACUCUUCUGCACACAAUUUUUUUUUUUAUUGUAAUGCUAUGUGUUUUCAGUGAUGGACCUAAGUAGCAGUUUAAUUUCAUUUGGUUGAGCUGUAAUUUAUACAAUGCAUAGUUUAGCAUAUCGCCUGGAUGAAAGUACACAUUCUUUCCUAUCCUGCUACAUAUGUAUGCUAUCUAUCUGUAUAUCUAUCUAGCAGGUGCAAACAGCAUCAAGCUAAUGCAAAAUGAGUAACUGAACUGUGAAGUGACAUUUCCUAAUUGUAUUACUUCAUCCUACCACUUAGGGGUAGCAUUGUGUCUUUAUUUAAAGCAUGUCUCAAUGAAAGGUUCCUAAAUUCAAUAGUCCUUAGCUUUAGGCUCCAGAACGCAUCAAUGUGUGUUUUUCAAUAAUGAAAUACGGUUACCUACAUUUGAAGGCCAGGAUGAUGCACUUUUUGGCAGGUUGAAUCCCAUUUCAGAGUGAUAAUCUGUGUUAAUCUCUGUGGAUGAAGUCAUUUUAGUAAAUACUGUACAUAUUUCUCUGUAUAUCUGUAAGAAUUUAUCACGUGCUGCUGUUUGUGAACUGUAGGUAAAUGUAAUGUAUAAACAAUAGAUGUAAUUGUACAUUGUGUCCAUGAGGAACAUACAACUGUAUCUAACUGUAGUUAUGACCCUGAAGUGCCCCCAUAAAUCCAACCUCUGACAUGCUUGUUCAAAGUAUUUGCAUAUCGUGUUGUGCAAUAAUCUUCAAUGUAAAUGUAAAUCAUUCCUUCCCAGCUGAGUGACAUGUUUGGAGCUACAUGCAGUAUAUUCAUACAAAUCAUACCAAUCCCAUAGACAGCCUUGUAAACCUCUGUUUGCUUUGCACCAUUUUUAUUGACUCUUUCAAUUCUCUCAGGUGUCCCUUUGCAUGUGCUCUAAGUCCACUUCUAAAUCUUUGAAACAUAUUCUUAGACUACGUACGCGAUAGCUAAACACCCUUCAUUCCUGAUGUGACCAUGUUGCAACUUUGUAUACCCUUCUGUGUACACCCUUCGGGCUUGGUUGAAGUAUUGAUCUGUAUAUUGUACUUUUUAGCUCAGCAUGAGCCAUUUGCACUAAAUUUAGUCUCAACAUCUCUACUCUCAUAUCUAUUAAAUAUUGUUAUAUUGAUGCCUUGUACAAAUGUUCUGCAUGGCCAGUGCCCCCUCUCUCUUGAACAGAUCUGUUGUGAAAUGUUGAUGGUAGUUUGUCUUUUGUAGCCUAGAUGAAAAGACCAUUUAAACUGUAUUGACUUUGUGUCAUUUGGUCAUUAAAGUAGUACGUUAGGUUUUUCAUGUGAUUGCCCUUUUGAUAAACUCAUGUUGUGAAGA